AUGAAUGCAAGUUCUUCUCUUGAUGCAGGACCCCUCUUCGUGCAAGCUAACACGCAUUGUGUGAUUGCCAGUAGCUCGGAGAUUCCCUUGUCAACAUCAGUCAUUAAUAUAAAGGUUCUCCUGGAGAGCCUCGGGAAGCCGAACCAAUGGAUUCUCACCAAUGUUAAGGCCUUGAAAGUUUCAGACCUCCCAGAGUCCCUAAAAAUUUCAUCGCUGGUUGAAUUGGAUUUGGUUCUGGUGGGAGAAGGGAAGAAACACCCUGAUGAUGCUCAAGAGGAUCCACCAGAUGCCCCCAAGCAGGGAGAGAACAACUCCAAUGGUGACGAACAUUUUGAAUUCGAAACUGAGGAUGCGAUUAGGGACAUGACAGUAGUGGAUUUCCUGGAGAACGAAGGCAACGACAUAUUUGUUCAUGAUUUCAUCCAUCUCAGCUCAUCAUUGGUCAUGCCUCUUGAGACACAUGGAUCAAAUUGAGGGAAUGGAAUGAGUCAUGGAGAAUCUUUAUGCCAUGGAUAUUACCAAGUAACUCAUGAAAACAGGAACCGAGGCGCACAUGGAAUCCAAUGAGAUAGCAUCAGAAGGCAACGGGUGAAGGAGUGCACUAGAAGCAUUGAAGAGACGCAGAGAAUUCCUGGAGUGACAUAUUAAAAGGGAAAUUUAUCAACAUGACUUCAAGUGCUGUUGUUCCAAAUUGCCUUUACUCAACCAUGAAAAUUUUGGGUUUUUCCUGUUUGUUCCCCCCCCCCCGUGUAACAGCACCUGCUGCCUUCUUCCCUGUCUCCUUUUCCUUCUCUUUGUUUCCGCUAAUUUCAUCGAUUGGGUAUGGAUUUGAUCUGAUGUGAUAUUGCUUCUUUUUCUGCAAUUGAGUAGAAAGUAUGAAAUUACUAGCUAUGGCCGCGCCGUCGGCGCUCCGUUACCUUGGAUAGUGAUUAAUACACUCAUUUUUUUGCGAAAUGAGAAACACGUCUUUAA